CUGACACCUUUAAAAUAAGCCUAGGAUUUAUUACUCGGCCGAGCGUAACAUGUCGGGUGUUAGCCCCGAGCUAAUCGAGUAUCUGGAUGGGAAAAUCUCCUUCGAGGAGUUUGAGCGGCGCCGGGAAGAGCGCAAAAGUCGCGAGAAGAAGGAUGGUGAAAAUGUACUCACUGAGGGAAAUGUGGAAGACCCAGAUGCUCCUUCCACAUCCGGAGAAGGAACUUCGGCCGGACAUCAGGGUCACAGUGAAACUGAAGAAGAGACAUCUGAUGGGGUCAGUAAAUCUGUACAUCGUGUUUUUGCUUCCAUGAUGGGAGAAAAUGAAGAAGAGGAGGAGGAAGACGAUGAAGAUGAUGAGAUCUCUGAACAACCUACUGCAGGAGAUGUGUUUGCGCUGGAGAUGGUGCUGAACAGAGAGACUAAGAAAAUGAUGAAGGAAAAACGACCCCGCAGUAAACUGCCCCGUGCCUUGAGAGGCCUCAUGGGUGAAGCUAAUAUUCGGUUCGCUCGAGGUGAACAUGGGGAAGCCAUUCUGAUGUGCAUGGAAAUCAUCAGGCAAGCUCCUGUUGCUUAUGAGCCAUUCUCAACUCUUGCCAUGAUUUAUGAAGACCAAGGAGACAUGGAGAAAUCUUUGCAAUUUGAACUGAUUGCUGCUCACUUAAACCCCAGUGACACUGAGGAGUGGGUUAGAUUAGCUGAAAUGUCGCUUGAGCAGGACAAUAUUAAACAGGCUAUCUUCUGCUACGCAAAAGCUCUGAAGUAUGAUCCCACUAAUGUGCGUUACUUGUGGGAGAGGUCGAGUCUCUAUGAACAGCUGGGGGAACAUAAACUAGCGAUGGAUGGCUACAGGCGCAUCUUAAACCUCCUGACCCCUUUUGAUGGCGAUCGCUUUAUGCACUUGGCUAGAGAUAUGGCAAAGAGUUACUAUGAAGCCAACGACAUAGCUGCAGCUAUUGAGAUAAUGGAGGAAGCCUUUAGUAAACAUCAGAGCCUCGUAUCCAUGGAAGAUGUUAAUAUAGCUGCGGAGCUGUAUAUUUCUAACAAGCAGUAUGAUGAAGCUUUGGCAGUUAUUACAGAUUUUUCAGGAAUUGUACUUGAGAAGAAAAAAGCAGAAAGAGAGUCCUCCGCAGAGAAUAAAGAGGCAGCAGAAAUGCAGGAGAGCCAAGGAACAAUGACUGAGCAGCAAGAUGUGGCACCUGGAACCAGUUCUCUGUCUUCAGAUAAAGUUGUCUGCUCCAUACCGGAUGGUGUUCCCAUAGACAUCACCGUGAAGCUCAUGGUCUGCUUGGUUCACCUGAAUAUUCUGGAGCCUCUCAAUUUUCUGUUGACCACAUUAGUGGAGCAAAACCCAGAGGAUAUGGGGGAUUUGUACCUUGAUGUUGCUGAAGCAUUCCUUGAUGUUGGAGAGUACAAUUCUGCACUUCCACUCCUGAGCUCCCUGGUGUGUUCAGAAAGAUACAACUUAGCAGUUGUUUGGCUCCGUCAUGCAGAAUGCUUAAAAGCACUGGGCUACAUAGAGCGUGCUGCAGAGAGCUAUGCCAAAGUUGUCGACCUUGCCCCUUUGCACCUGGAUGCCAGGAUCUCCCUUUCCACCCUUCAGCAGCAAUUGGGCCGGCCUGAGAAAGCCCUGGAAGCCCUCGAGCCCAUGUACGACCCCGACACUCUGGCCCAGGACGCGAAUGCGGCUCAGCAAGAAUUGAAAUUGCUGCUUCAUCGUUCCACAUUGUUGUACUCUCAGGGCAACAUGUAUGGUUAUGUAGAUUCUCUACUUACCAUGUUAGCCAUGCUCUUAAAGGUUGCCAUGAACCGUGCUCAGGUGUGCUUAAUAUCCAGUUCCAAGUCUGGAGAAAGGCAUCUCUAUCUUAUGAAAGUGUCACGGGAUAAAAUCUCUGGUAGCGAUGACCAGGAAACAACAAACUGUGAUGCAAAAGCAAUAUUUGUGGUGCUUACCAGUGUACUGACGAAAGAGGACUGGUGGAACCUCCUGCUGAAGGCCAUCUAUGCUUUGUGUGACCUUUCCCGGUACAAAGAAGCUGAACUGCUUGUGGACUCCUCACUGGAAUACUAUUCAUUUUAUGAUGACAGGCAGAAGCGCAAAGAGCUGGAGUACUUUGGUCUCUCUGCUGCAAUUUUGGACAAAAACUUUAGGAAAGCUUACAAUUACAUCAGGAUCAUGGUCAUGGAACAUGUUAACAAGCCACAGCUUUGGAAUAUCUUCAACCAAAUCACCAUGCACUCACAGGAUGUCCGGCACCAUCGCUUCUGCCUCCGAUUAAUGCUGAAAAACCCUGACAACCACGCUCUGUGUAUCUUAAAUGGCCACAACGCCUUUGUGUCUGGUAGUUUCAAGCAUGCUCUUGGGCAGUACGUACAAGCUUUUCGUAGUAACCCGGAUGAACCCCUCUACAGUCUUUGCAUAGGAUUGACUUUCAUCCACAUGGCAUCUCAGAAGUAUGUGUUAAAAAGGCACGCACUUAUAGUACAGGGCUUCUCAUUCCUCCAACGGUAUCUGAGUCUCCGUGGUUCUUGUCAAGAAUCUUUCUACAACUUGGGCCGUGGCCUUCAUCAACUGGGAUUGGUACAUCUGGCAAUUCACUACUAUCAGAAGGCACUGGAGCUUCCCCCACUGGUCCUAGAGGGAAUAGAAGCGGACCAGACAGACUUGCGAAGGGACAUUGCCUUCAAUUUGUCACUCAUCUAUCAGAGCAGUGGAAAUAUCAGAAUGGCUCGGACACUGUUGUACAUGCAUGGAAUUGUGUGACAAGAAAUACCACCCAAAACAGAUAUGCAGAGCAGUUUCCAAAGAAGGGAUUGCUUUCAUUGUUUCUUCAAAGGGAGAGUAAACUGGGUAAUGUGCAGCUGCUGCUUGGCUGCAGCAGGCCAGAGACCUACGAGAGAGACUUAAGAAAUGUCAGUGCUGAGGCCUUUUAAUGGCAACUUAUGAUUUCUGUCUUCAGUCGUCAGAAAUGUCUUCUCACUGAAUUGUUGAAUAUGAAGCAGUAAACAAUGUUCAACUAAGGAAUAUUCCUGCUAUGGUUAGAGCAGAUCUGAUGACAGGUGGUUUGCAGUUUGUAGUAAUUUUCUAAGUUCUCAAAAUUUAAACCUGAUAAAGCCACACUUAAUGGGAGCCAGGAACUCUCAAAGCUA